AGAGAAUACGAGCUUAAUCGCUGCGUAAUCUGAAGAGACGCUAAAUCCCCUAUUUUUAAGUUGCUUGAAACCUAUUCAUAGCCUCGCUCCCAGAUGAGAGCCUCGUAGCGGACAAACAUCAUAAUAUUCCUCGAACAGAACGAGGUGACUAGCAGGGACGCUAUUCUGUACAAUACGGUCCACUCAUGGUCUGGCAGGUCUUUGCCUAGACUACGGAUAAAAUGUGGGAUGAAAUUGUUGAAUCUGUGCCGGUUAAAUACGGCGCUGUCAUUGCGGUCACAUUGAUCUGCAUCGUUCUGUUGAGAAAAUGGAUUGCAGGUGGUGUGUGUCGGUCGACUGUCCAGUUACGUGGCAAGACUGUUUUGGUAACGGGCGCCAACACUGGCAUCGGAAAGGAAACGUGUCGUGACAUGGCACGUCGAGGAGCGCGUGUGGUAAUGGCCUGCCGGGACCUGACACGGGCAACGAGGGCAGCAGAGGAGAUUCGUAAGGCAACAGGAAACAAAAAAAUUGUGGUACGACACCUAAACCUGGCCUCAAUGUACUCUGUCAGAGAAUUGGCCAGAGAGUUCAUUGCCAGUGAAGAUCGGCUGGAUAUACUCAUCAACAACGCUGGUGUGAUGAUGUGCCCUAAGUGGUUAACCGAGGAUGGCUUUGAGACACAACUGGCCGUCAAUCAUCUUGGACACUUCCUGCUGACCAAUCUCCUUCUGGAGAAGUUGAGGAGCUCCUCCCCAAGUCGUGUGGUCAAUGUGUCGAGCAUUGCACACAAAGGAGGUAAGAUCCAGUUUGAUGAUCUGUUCUUUGAAAAGAGGCCAUACAACUCAUUGGCUAGUUACAGACAGAGCAAACUGGCAAACGUACUAUUCUCCAGAGAGCUGGCCAGAAGGAUGAAAGGUACUGGAGUGACAUCCUACUGCCUGCAUCCCGGGGUGAUCAGGACAGAGCUUAGCCGCCAUGUGGAGAGCUGGUUCCCCAUGAUGAGGGCCAUCCUGUCAGCCCCGUCCAUGCUCCUCAUGAAGACCCCCAGUCAAGGCGCCCAGACCUCCAUUUACUGUGCCGUCACCCCAGGACUUGAGUCCAAAUCAGGGUGCUACUUUAGUGACUGUGCGGUGAAGGAGCUGGCCCCCGAGGGCAGGGAUGACGUUGUGGCCAAGAGGCUUUGGAAGGAGAGCGCCCGUCUGGUGGGUCUCAUGGAGAAAGACUGAGCAGCCCCCUUAACCUCAGAACCAGGAACUGCCUGAGAAACCUAGGACAGUACCAACCCUCUCUGACCGGAGAAAGACUGAGCAGCCCCCUUAACCUCAGAACCAGGAACUGCCUGAGAAACCUAGGACAGUACCAACCCUCUCUGACAACCUGACAACUGGUCCCAUGACGUCCUCAAGUCUUCUCUGGCCGGUCACUACAAAAACACAAAGCACAUCGCAGUUCACCAAGGCUCCCUAUCCAAUCGAACAAAGCUUGAGAGGAUCUACAAGGAAUAAUGAAAUGCCUAAUCCAGUUGUGCAAAACCAGUAGAGGCAUAUCCAUGAAAACAGAAAGCUAGGAUCGCUGCCAAAAGGGUCUGUAUACUUGAAAUGAAAUAUUUUAGUUAUUUCAAUAAAUUGGCCCAAGUUUCUAAAAACUUAUUUUUGCUAUGUCAAUAUGGUGUACUGUGUUAUAUUGAUGCAAAAAUAAUUAAUGUAAACAUGUAGAAAUUAAUUCUGUAACAAAACAAAAUGUAUAGAAAGUAAAGGGUCUGAAUACUUUCCAAAGACACUGUAGCACUAUAUUUACCAGACUGGUGUGUCCGUGCUUUGAUAUUGCAGUCUGAUGGACCAACAGCCCUGAAGAAAGUCUUAUGUGGUCAUUAUGUUCAACAUUUGUGGUCAUUAUGUUCACCUUACUCAGCAUAUUUAAAGCAAUCAGGUUAAUUCAUUUGGGGCAUCCGUCGCUACAAUCAUGUAGAAUUCUGUACCCUGAUAACAAUGCGUACAGACUAGUCAGGCCCAUAAUGACUGUCACUCUUGAUGAUUUAAACAAAGGUUUUCUCUCAAAAAGAGCGUAAGAACAGUGGGAGCAAAAUAGCCCCACUGGUCUUAUUAAAGAUCCAAAAUUAUAUAUUUUUUAAGUAAUAUCAAAGAUCCAAAAUUAUAUUUAAUACAAGUACAUCUUUCUUAAGAUGCAAAAGCACUAACUGGGUGAUUUUCUUAAACAGUAUUGACACUGAUUGGAAUGCUUGGCCACCCGAUUGGUUAAAUGUUUUUAAGUAUUCUUUAUUGUAGUACUUCUUGAACAAAAUGUCCUACUUAAAGUAAUGAUAUUAUUAUAUUUAUUAUUAAUUAAUAAUAUUUGUACAGAACAAUAUACAGUAAAUGAAAUGUUUUCCCAAUAUACUGUCAGUUGGUGUUUUUAUCAUGGGUGGCAUGCCUUUGACCUGACUGCAUUUCAGUUCUGCAUUGGUGAUCAAGCAUUUACAUAACUUUGGGAUCAUAACAGGGAGUAUAUCAAAUCGUUAUUAUUUAAGGGAUGUUUAUUUAAAUAAAAAAUUUGUGUUGAUUUUA